AUGUCACCACCGAUACUGCGAGCGGGAAUAUUAGGGCAUGUGAGCAGAACGGCACGCUGUGCUAGCCGCGCGGGGAUAUUCGUGCGCCCAAUGAGUGACGAUGGCAGUGCACACAAGGCACACAAGCCAAACGAGAACGAGGCGCAGGAAACAGCCAAAAAGCCACUCCCACAACCAUCAAUAGCUUCCAAUCAGCUGGAUAAGCUCGUCCCAGAUCUCAACGUCUCUACAGACGAGCCUUUCAGGAUUGGCGGCGAGACUACUGGCGCACAGGCCAAGGGUAAGAGGAGUAUGUCGUCUAUAGAGAAGCGUAGACAGAUGAGAUCACGCAUUAUGCUCGCUCUCGCUGGUCUCGGUGCUGUAGCUGGUGCUAUACACCUUUCGCGCGAUUGGGAGGACGACAGUGAACGCAAAGAGGCAAUUGAGAGGACCAAGAAGGCUGGCGAAAGUGCCGUCAUUGAUAGCUGGUGGAGUCGCCUCUACAAUCGUCUGCGAGGUUACACUGAUGUGUUCGAUAAGCCAGCUUGGUCUGAGUUGCUGCCACCGAUGAUGCCUCCACCGCACCAACGUCCUUACACUCUACUGGUCGAUCUAGAGGGCCUGCUGGUGUCUUCGUCGUGGGACCGCCAACACGGCUGGAGAACCGCCAAGAGACCAGGUGCUGAGUAUUUCCUCGGUUACCUGUCGCAAUUCUACGAAAUCGUCCUCUUCACCACUCAGCCAAACUACACUGCGAUAAGCGUGAUGGAGAAGCUCGACCCAUUCGGCGCUUACGUCCCUUACAAGCUCUUUAGAGAGUCGACUAGAUACAAGAACGGCAAGACUGUCAAAGAUCUCAGCUACCUGAAUCGCGACCUCAGCAAGGUAGUUGUACUCGACACAAACCCAGAGAAUGUAUCAGCACAGCCUGAGAAUGGACUCAUCUUGAAACCAUGGAAGGGCGAGCCAGGCAACAAGGACCUCAUCGCGCAUAUUCCUUUCCUUGAAUGCGUUGCACUGUUCAAUGUCCCAGAUGUACGUCCAGUGCUGCAAAAGUACAACGGCACAAACAUUCCCCAAGAAUGGGCAAAGGUAGAGGAAAAGAUGAGAGAAAAGCAGAUUGAGAACUGGAAGAACCAGGGUGGACAGCCAAAGAAGUCAGGAUGGGGAUUCGGUGGUGGAAACAGCUCAAUGAGACCACCAACAUCACCAGUAAACUUCUCUACAGAUUCAGGCAAGGGACAGCCACCAUUGAGUUACCUCGACUUGAAGAGGAGAGAAGCGCAAGCAAUUUACAAGGAAGAGCAGAAAUACUGGCGUGACAACAAGGAGGAGUUCACCAAGAUUAUCGAAGAAGACACCAAGCGUCAGACGGAUGCGCUUAAAGGGCAAUUAUGGGGAAUGGUCGGCGUACAAAGUGGAGAGCAGCCCAAGCCAGCGAAUUAG